GUUCAUUAAACGCCAUUUUACAGCUCACCAUAUUGGUGUGAUCAGCGUGUAACUUGGUCAUGGGGCCGUCAGAUGCACAUUCUCAAUGAUGGACGUAGUUCUUUAGGUUACCUUACACAAGGCAACAAUUGGUGCCCCGUGUGAGGACGUCCUGAGAGUGAGUGUGCGACGGCUAACCGCGAGACGGACGCGAAUCCUACGGUUAGAUCCCGUGGAAGCGCCGGAGGGGCGAUAUAUUGGCUGCAGCUACUGAUUAUCCUGCGGUAAGACCGUGGAAGACCGUGGGACUUUGGGCCCGGGUAUAUAUACAAAGGGUGCGAGGACGUACGGUGUCGAGCACCAGAAAAAACAUGGAUUCCGUCACAAAGGUACUAUUACGGGUUUGUAAAACCCACUGCGGUAGGAAUGCUCCUUCUAAGAAGGAGAUUGUUGCCGUUAUUACUUUUUUGCAGGAAGCGGAGCUUUCACCCUCCCCUUGUAAUUUGCUCGAUUCGGAGCGGUGGGAAUCUUUCACCGCUGCCCUGCUCCUAAGAGCAACAAACGAUUAUAAGGCGGAGGAGUUAAAAACCUGGGUUUUGGUCCUGGGUGCGCUUAAAGCGGCUAAGGAGGAGAAAAAGAUCCAGGCAGUCGCGAAUGGGGUUUUUGGGGUGGGUUCCGGGACGUCUGGGGUCCCGGAGGGUGCGGAGGAACCGCUCCCUUGCGGCGACUCCGUACCCAAGAUGGCGCCGACCACGCCGGCCGUUUUCACAAUGGCCAUGGCGGCGCCCGAAACAACUCCGGAAGGGAUGGCGGAAGUUGCCUCAUCUGGGGAGGCGCCGCCAUAUUAUCCCCGCCUAUACCCCUGUUUGCAGAGCUUUCGUUCACCUGAGGGGGGUGGGUCCUGUCCGAGGGAGGGAGAGUCAUGGGGGGAGGCGCGCCGUGGAGGCGUUAAGCCACCCCUAGACCCGCCCCCGGAGGAGGGACCUCAUCCCGCGAAAGGGGAGGAACGAAAGGUACUGCCUGCCCCUACCCCUUUGGUUUCGCCUCCCGAGGAGGGGGAGGAGAAAGGGGAGGAACAAAAGGUACUGUCUGCCUUCACCCCGUCGGUUUCGUCUCCCGCGAAGGGGGAGGAGAAAGGGGAGGAACGGAAGGAAUUGCCUGUCCCCACCCAGUCGGUCGUGGUUCCCCGGAGGAGGGGGGAGAAGUGGGAGGAGCGAGAGAUAUCGCGUAAGCCCACUGAUUGGACUGACAUUUGCGAUACAAUGCGAGAGGUGGGGCUCAAGGAGCGGGACUGGGCGGUGUUCCCAAUUGUAGUCAAACAGGAGGGACCGGUUUGGGUACCUUUGGAAGCAAAAGCAGUUGCUCGGUUUAUAGAGGCGAUUGACAAAAAGGGAUUGAGAUCCCCGAUGACAAUGAGUGCCUUUGAGGCUCUCGUAGCCCCAGGUCCCCUACUCCCAUAUGAUAUUGAAAGCCUUAUGAGAGUAGCCCUCGAACCAGUACAGUUUACUGUGUGGAAGGAGGAGUGGAUAAUACAACUCAAAGCUGUUUUAGCACAGGCUGCGCGCGAUCCACAGCACCCUGCUAAUGGGAGGGAGGGGGAACCGAGAACUGAUAUAAUGAGGCUUUCGGGAGUAACUGCGGAAAUGGCUGGGUCCCCAGAGAGACAGCUUAGGCUCCUGCGCCCAGGGGAAUUGCUUUCCACUACAGGGGCGGCUGCUACUGCCUUUAGAAACUUUAUAAGAAAGGCAGACCUGAGCCCCGUGGUCAGAGAUUGCUCAGGGUCCCUCAGAGUCAUUCUCUGA